GCACGACAACAACAUUCGCUCCGUGCCGUGCUGGAAGACUCACGUUUCUUGUUUGUUUUUACUGAUUUUGUAAACGUAGUGUCUUUUUCAAGUCGAUAAUUUAAUAGUUUUGGUUUUUUGGAAUACCUGUUGCGCGCGCAUAUUUCGAGGACUUUGUACGUUUCUUUGUUCUGUUGAAAACAUUUAAAAGUCGGUAAAUUUAAUGACAAUGGAAGACUUAGUGCAAUUUAAGGUGUUCACCUACUGGUCCCAAGACAGCCCCCCAGAGGUACGCCGUUUCGGGAUCGAGAAGAGUGUGGUCACCAGUUUCCACUACUUGAACGCCAAGCUGCAAGAUGUCUUCCCUGGACUUAAGGGCAAGGCUUACACUGUUAUGUGGAAAGAUGAGGAUGGUGAUGAAGUUUCCAUUUCAUCGGAUGAUGAAAUGAUGAUAGCGCUGUCUUCUCUCCAAGGCCACAUUUACAAGCUGACUGUGAAACCUAAGAUCCAAGACGGGGGGGACAAGGAUGUUGACAUCACAAUUGCAUUUCCGGAGGUCUCUUGCGGCAUCACAGGCCCCUCCGCGCACCACAUCGGCGUGGUUUGCGACAACUGCGAGUCCCCAGUAACCGGUUACCGCUACAAAUGCACCGUGUGCGCAGACUUCGAUUUGUGCUCCCGCUGCGAGGCCGCCGGCAACCAUCCGGAGCAUUGCAUGGUGCGCGUGCCCGCUCCGAGCAUGCCGCGUGCCAUGAUCCGAGCGGCGAUCAAGCGCUCCCGCCACUUCCUGAAAUCCGUCGCCACCAACGCCGAAGAAGAAUCCCACAAACGCCACCGUCGUGACCGCAGCGCCGAGAAGAAGCACGACCAUCACCGCGACCACCACCGUGACCACCACCGCGACCGCCGCUCGCGCCCGAGCUGGCUCGACACCUUCGCUACUUACAUGAACGAGUUCGCCAACUUGGCCGGCGAUAUUGACCUUGACAACUUGAACAAGGAUCAGAAGAAGGAACAGCAGACACCGCCUAAUACGGCUGAGCCGAGACCGAGCACGUCGGAAACGCAGUGCCCUUUCAAGCCGGCAAUGGGCUGCCCGUUCAAACCAACCGCUGAAGCCAAGCCAGACAACUCCGCACCGAAGCCAACAGACAACUCCGCACCUAAGCCAACAGAGUGCCCCUUCAAACCGUCCACCACUGCAACACCAAACCCUGAACUGCCGUUCAACCUCCCAUUCGGACUGGACUUCAACGUUCUCCAGACUCUUCUUCAAACCCACUUGGCUAACCAGACUCCUCGUGACCAGAACAUGCGAGAGGAAGGUCAAGGCGAUAGGAAGACCACUGAUGACGCAGAAAGCGUCAAGUCUGAUAAAGCCAGCACCUCUGACAGGGCCAGUGUCAAGUCCAAUGAGUCUGUGAUUUCUAAUGACGUGAAAAAGGAGCCGUCUUUGGAUAAAGCUGAUGACUGGAUGAUGGUCAAUCAGGAUAAGGAUCUGAUGGACGCUUAUGUGCAGCCAACUGCUCCGGAACAGGGGCCGAUUGGGUUCAACCUUCCCGAAGAAUUCCAGCAGCGCGUCAACAUCUCCGGUGGUAAUCUGUACCCGCCUCUCAAUAUGGCUACCGCAGUGUUGAAUACUAAAGAAGCCGAGGUGCCCAAGAGCCAGGCUGCCGCCCCAGUGUCCGCCGCCGCUGCCGCGUCCGCGUCCGCGCCCGCCUCCGCCGCCGCCGCCGCACCCGCUCAGACCCCGAAACCGCAGCCGCAGCGUCACCCUUCUCCGCACAUCGAAGCCGCCAUCCAGCAGAUGCUGUCCAUGGGCUUCACUAACGAUGGCGGCUGGCUCACUCAGCUGCUCGAGAGCAAGGAUGGCAACAUCGCCGCCGUGCUCGACCUGCUCACCCCUGUCAACCCUAAGCAGAAGUAAAGCGGCGAACUGGGCACUUCCUCGUAAUU